CAUCCUUAGCUUGGCUUCAGCUCCUAAACAUAUCAGUUGGCGGGGAGUAGUUUGACGGAGGGAGAGUCUUGAGGCUGGACCAUCAGUGCGUCGCCUCGGUUGUUUCCCAGCGCGCAUCUAAUGUUUCUCUUCCAUUUAGAAAUAUAGUGAUAGCCGAUCACGCUGGUGAUUCUUGCAUGCCACAAGCGGAGGACCUGAUCGCCGGUCUACGGCAGCUUUACAAAAAUCUCAUUUUUUGCUCCCAUGAUACACUAAUUAUUCAGAGGCAUGUGGAAUUCUGUACGGAUUACGAAUUUCUUUUUAAUGGUGUGUCUACUGUUAACGUUAUGGAUUAAGGGGUCCCAUUCCUCAGGCUAUUUUGAGCUUCAGCUGAUUACCGUUCAGAAUGUAAACGGUGAGUUGGCGGACGGAGAGUGUUGCGACGGCACCAGGAACUCGCAGGAUCUGCGCUGCGCCCGGGAUGAGUGCGACACUUACUUUAAAGUAUGUUUAAAGGAAUAUCAAACGGAGGUCACAACCACUGGCCUGUGCAACUAUGGGACUGGAUCUACUAGCGUUCUUGGAGGAAAUAACAUUCAUUUCAAAAGUACCAAAAACGCGCAAAACAAAAUCAGCGAUGCUGGCAAGAUCGUAAUCCCUUUCCAUUUCGCUUGGCCGCGUGCGUACACACUCAUCGUGGAGGCGUGGGACUGGGACAAUGACACGACGACCCAUCACAACAACGAGGACCUGCUGAUUGAGCGGAGCAUCCGCAAAGGCAUGAUCAACCCGGGCGAUGGGGGCCAGACCAUCCAGCACAACGGACCCAUAGCCAACUUUGAGUACAGCAUCCGUGUUCGCUGUGAUGACAACUACUACGGCAGCAAGUGCAACAAGCAGUGCCGGCCACGGGACGACUACUUUGGGCACUAUGUGUGCGACCAGUUCGGCAACCAGGUCUGCAUUGAAGGUUGGAUGGGCCAAGAUUGCCGUACUGCGAUCUGCAAGCAAGGCUGCAACCUGCUUCAUGCCUCCUGUGUCGUUCCUGGGACAUGCAUCUGUGUUUCCAGCCCCUGCGCCAACGGGGGCACCUGCCAUGAGGUGCCCGACGGUUUCGAGUGCCACUGCCCGCCAGGCUGGGGCGGCAUCACUUGUGCCAUAGAUAAAGAUGAAUGUGCCUCCAACCCCUGUGCCCAAGGUGGCACCUGCAUCGAUCUGGAGAAUGGCUUUGAGUGCCUGUGUCCCCCACAGUGGGCUGGAAAGACCUGCCAGAUAGAUCUCAACGGCUGUCACGGACAGUGUCAGAAUGGAGCCACCUGCAAGGAGGGCCCCAGGGGAUACCAGUGCCUGUGCCCGCCGGGAAUUGUGGGUAGACACUGUGAGGUGCUGCAGAAUAAGUGUAUCAGCAGUCCUUGUCAUAAUGGUGGGCGGUGCAGCGCCGUGCUGGACGGCUUCCUGUGCGACUGCGUGGAGGGUUACUCCGGAUCUUUGUGCGAGGUGAGGAGUAAUCCCUGUAGUCCGAGCCCCUGCCAGAACAAGGCCGUCUGCCACAGCCUUCUGGAUGAUUACUACUGUGCCUGUCCUGAGGAUUAUGAGGGCAAACACUGCUCUGACCUGAAGGACCACUGCAAGACCACACCUUGUGAAGUGAUUGACAGUUGCACCAUUGCCGUGGCGACCAAUGCGACUGAAGAGGGGGUGCGGCAUAUCUCAUCCAAUGUGUGCGGCCCCCACGGCCGCUGCAUCAGCCAACCAGCCGGCAACUUCACUUGUGCCUGUGAGCGCGGAUUCACCGGCACCUACUGCCACGAAAACAUCAACGACUGUCUGUCUAGUCCUUGUAAUAAUGGCGGCACCUGCAUCGAUGGGAUCAACUCCUUCCAGUGCUUCUGCGCCGAUGGCUGGGAGGGCAACCUGUGUGACCUUGAUGUCGACGAGUGCAGCCGCAAUCCCUGCAAGAACGGCGGCCGCUGCAUGGACCUGGUGAAUGAUUUCUACUGCGAGUGUGCUGACGGCUGGAAGGGCAAGACGUGCCACUCACGAGAUAACCAGUGUGAUGCCGGCACCUGCAGCAACGGGGGAACGUGCUACGAUCAUGGCGACGCCUUCCGCUGCGUCUGUCCCCUAGGAUGGGCGGGCAGCACGUGCAACUCGGCUCAGAACAACAGCUGUGCUUCUGGGCCCUGCGAGAACGACGGCACUUGUGUGGGAGGCGGGGACGCCUUUACUUGCAUCUGCAAAGAUGGCUGGGAGGGCCCCUCCUGCGCUCAGAAUGCUGAUGACUGCAACCCGCACCCGUGCUACAACAGCGGCAUUUGCGUGGACGGGGUCAAUUGGUUCCGUUGCGAGUGUGCCCCAGGAUUUGCCGGUCCGGACUGCCGCAUCAACAUCGAUGAGUGCCAGUCGGCGCCCUGUGCCUAUGGUGCCACCUGCGUGGACGAGAUCAACGGCUUCCGCUGCGUCUGCCCCCUGGGCCGGGCCGGGCCUCUCUGCCAGGAGUUUAUAGGCAUUGGGAAGCCGUGUCGCUUUGACGGCCUGCAGUAUCCCCAUGGCAGCCAGUGGGAUAAUGAGUGCAACACUUGCCAGUGUGUCAAUGGUGAUGUCAAGUGCACCAAGGUGCUGUGUGGACGUCGGCUUUGUCUUCUUCAGACUCCACAGGGACAAGAACGUCCCUCCUGUCCAAGGGGACAGCAAUGUGAGGAGCACCACUUUCUUACCUGCUUCUCGACCCCUUGCCACCAGUGGGGGGUGUGUUCCUCACCCGACCCCCCGACCCCCACUGAAACAAAGUGCGAGCCCAACAGCGGUUACCUGGACAACAGCUGUGCCCGAAUCACACUCCUCUUCACCAAGGCCAAAGUUCCACAGGGCACCACAGUGGAAAAUAUCUGCAUGGAGCUGAGAUACCUACCAGCUACUCGAACCCUGGCUAAAGACCGAUCCCUUCUGGUACUCUGUGACCUCUCCUACUCCAAUCACAAUGCGGUAGAGGUAGCCAUUUCCUUCCAACAGGAGGAGCAGGACAACAGCCAGAUACAGGAGGUGGCCAGUGCCAUUGUUAACGCAUUAUCCAAGAGGCACAAUAGCACCAUCAUGCUCUCUGUCGUGGAGGUGAAGGUGGAGACGCAAGUUGUGUCCCAAACUGUUGACUACCUGGUGCCCCUGCUAUGCGUGCUUUUCUGUGUGCUGUGGCUCUUCUGCAUCGCCAUCUGCAUCUGGUGGACGCGCAAACGGAGAAAAGAGCGAGAGAGGCAGCAGCAGACCCCGGCGACAGAGGAGAGCAUCAACAACCAAUGGGAAGCACUGAAGCCUUUGUCCCAGCAACAGCCCAAAGACAACCGGGACGCCCAGCACGAGUGCAAGAAGCUCAUGUACUCCCCCGAUAGAACUUGUGACGGGGCAGAGGACGAGGAGGAGGACGAGGAGCGGGAAAUGGGGACAAUGGAGGUGGAUAAGUGCCCCCCCAAGAAGUGCACAAAGGCUGCAGCGCAGACCAAGAGGGCUGUCAUCUACAUAGGCCAGAGCUCGCCACUCAGGCGGCCUCACCGGACAGCUCCCAGCCCCAAGGACAACCGCUACAAGCACAUCAAUGAUUCCAAAGGCAUUGAGGACAUCAAAGACCAUUAUGUAUGAACCAUCUUAAAGAUUCGGGGGGGGGUGGGGG